CCAAGCCCGCGCUCAUGUCUUCCAUGUCGAUGUCCCUCGACGAGAUCAUCAAGACCACGCAGGAGAAGGGCACUAGCAAGGGGAGCAAGGGCGGCCGCGGCGGCGGCGGCCGCGGCGCGACCAAGACCAUUGGCAAGAUCGGGCGCGGGGGCCGCGGCCGCGGCGUGGCGGCAGCGACGCUGCAGAGCAUGGCGCGCGGCAGCGGCGCCUCUACGCUGAUCAAGCCGGGGCAGGGCCGCGCGCCGCGCGCGGUCGCGGCGGCGGCGCCGAAGACGCUCACCACUGGCACAAAGCUGCGCGUCGGGAACCUGGACCUCAACGUGACGCAGGACGACCUCUCGGAGCUCUUCCAGGCGCAAGCGUGAUACGAGAAUGCCCGCAGCGCGCUUCUCGCCCGGCGGGGCGGCCCUCUCUAGCCCGCCUCGCGCCCCUCCCUGCAACACGGCGGCGGCGGCUGCGCAUCACAAGGGGCAGUGGGCGCCGUCCAUAUGCUGCGGAUAUGCGCCUCGCUUCCUCUCUUCACCACGGCUGCGCAUCACAAGAACGGUGGGAGGGAGGGGCUAGGGCUGUGCGCGCGGCGGGGGUGCUCGCCGUCGGGGCAG